AUGGCGAAAGAAGAGUAUCAUCCAUUGUUUGAGACAAGAAGAGGGAGUGGAAAGUUCAUGUACAUAACAUUUUCUUUCUCAGUGUUUGUGGGAAUUUGCUCUAUUUGGAUUUACAGAUUGAAUUACAUAUCCGAAGAGUUUGAAGAUGGAAACUGGAUUGUUUGGAUUGGAUUGCUUUUUGCUGAACUAUGGUUUGGUUUUUAUUGGUUCCUUCAUCAAAACCUUAGAUGGAACCCUAUUUUCAGGCAACCCUUACCUCAAGUACUCUCACAAAGCAGAUAUGAGCAUAUGUUGCCAAAAGUGGAUAUAUUUGUGUGUACUGCAGAUCCAGAGAUUGAGCCACCAAUAAUGGUGAUAAACACGGUGUUAUCUGUGAUUGCUUAUGAUUAUCCAGCAGAGAAGCUUAGUGUGUAUCUUUCAGAUGAUGCUGGAUCAGAUGUUACAUUCUAUGCUAUGUUAGAGGCGUCUGAAUUUGCAAAACAUUGGUUACCAUUUUGCAAGAGAUUCAAGGUUGAACCUAGGUCACCAAAUGCAUAUUUCAAGACUGUUAACUUAGAUAUUUACCCAAAUGAUGCUAAAGAAGUUUUCGCCAUCAAGAAAUUGUAUCAAGAAAUGGAAAAUCGAGUAGAAAAUGCAUCAAAGCUUGGUAAAGUACCAAAGGAAGCAUACUCAAACUAUAAAGAAUUUUCUCAGUGGGAUUCUUAUUCAUCUAAGCGUGAUCAUGACACAAUUCUUCAAAUUCUACUUCAUAGAAAGGACUUGAAUGCAAGAGAUGAAGAUGGAUUUGUUAUGCCCACCUUGGUAUAUAUGGCUCGUGAGAAGAGACCUCACUUUCCACAUAACUUCAAAGCUGGAGCCAUGAAUUCAUUGAUAAGAGUGUCAUCAAUGAUCAGCAAUGGAAAAAUCAUUCUGAAUGUAGAUUGUGACAUGUACUCAAACAAUUCACAAUCUUUAAGAGACGCACUUUGCUUCUUCAUGGAUGAAGAUAAAGAUGGAUUUGGUGGGCCCAUGUAUAUUGGAACUGGCUGCUUUCACAGAAGAGAUGUACUCUGUGGAAGAAAGUUUGAUAAACAAUACAGAAAUGAUUGGAACAACAAUGCAAAUGAAGAAAAUAUUAACCAUAUGAUAGAAGCAAGUUUGCAAGAUAUGGAAGAAAAAUCAAAGCCUCUUGCAAGUUGUACCUACGAGGAAAACACAUCUUGGGGAAAAGAGAUGGGACUACUUUAUGGUUGUGCAGUGGAGGAUAUAGUGACAGGAUUAUCUAUUUUAUGUAAAGGAUGGAGAUCAGUUUACUAUAAUCCAACAAGAAAAGCUUUUUUAGGUUUGUCUCCAACCACAUUGCCAGAAGCACUUGUUCAACAUAAGAGAUGGUCUGAAGGAGGUUUUCAAAUUUUGCUUUCUAAGUUCAGUCCUGUUUGGUACGCUUAUGGAUUGAUAAGUCCAGGUCUUCAACUUGCAUAUUGUCAUUACAAUAUGUGGGUGCUUAACUCCUUUCCAACUCUAUAUUAUUGCAUCAUCCCUUCCCUUUUUCUCCUCAAAGGCAUUCCCUUGUUUCCACAGAUUUCAAGUCCAUGGUUCAUACCUUUUGCCUAUUUGAUAGUUGGUAAUUCAACCUACUCUUUGAUAGAGUUUUUGAGGGUAGGAGGAACAAUCAAGGGUUGGUGGAAUGACUUAAGAAUGUGGCUAUACAAAAGAACAAGUUCAUACCUUUUUGCUUUUGUUGAUACCAUGCUGAAGUUAAUAGGUUUCUCAAAUUCAGGCUUCAUAAUAUCUACUAAGGUAGCUGAGGAAAAUGUUUCUCAAAGAUAUGAGAAAGAGAUUAUGGAGUUUGGAAACUCUUCUCCAAUGCUCAUUUUAUUGGCUACAAUUGCAAUGCUGAAUUUGUUUUGUCUUGUUGGGGUUUUGUUAAAGGAAGUUGUGUUAAGCGGAAAAGGUUAUGGAAUAUUUGAGACAAUGUUGUUGCAAGUUUUACUAAGUGGUGUGUUGGUUGUUCUUAAUAUACCUAUUUAUCAAGGACUUUUUAUGAGGAAAGAUAAGGGAAGAAUGCCAAUAUCUGUUGCAGUUAAAUCAACAACAUUAGCUCUAAGUGCAUGUGUUCUCUUUAGUGCUCUUGGUUAA